UCGCAGUCGCUUCAGUUUCUUUGCGGGAAAAUCAACUCCGUCUGUCUCAUCUCGUCUCCCUGCUUCUCUUCUCCUCUUGACGGAGGAGAGAGAAAGAAAAAAUAGAGGAGACAAAGCUAAUCGCCAUCUCUGAAAAACCUACUUGCUUUUUCUUGUGAAUUCGAUGGCAGAGACCUUCAAAGACUACUCACACAUCGAAAUCAAGUCUCAAGAACCAGCGGCCGAUGAAUCCCUGCAAGAGCAGAAGAUUCGAUUUUUUGGUUCCCGCUCCCGGGGGAAGGAGAACACCUGGGUCAUUUCCUUCUUUGUGGUGCUCCAUGUAGUUGCCUUCGCUGCGACCAUGUUCAUCAACAAUUGCUCGACGAAUUCACAUGGCGACUGUGCUCUGAGAACCCUCGGCAGGCUUUCUUUCCAACCUCUUAAAGAAAAUCCAUUCCUUGGACCUUCUUCCUCAACGAUGUAUGAAAUGGGGGCUCUUCGGCGAACAUUUGUGAUUCAACAGCACCAAAUAUGGCGCCUUGUGACAUGCUUAUGGCUGCAUGCAGGAUUCAUCCAUCUUAUCAUUAACCUGUCAUGUGUUAUUUUGAUAGGCAUUCGCUUAGAGCAAAUGUUUGGCCCAUUUAGGAUUGGGAUAAUCUACAUGCUAUCUGCUUUCCUUGGUGGUUUGGUAUCAGCACUUUUUGUCCAGAAUGGCCCAGCCAUUGGCUCUUCAGGUGCUCUGUUUGGAUUGCUUGGUGCUAUGCUUUCUGGGCUUAUCAUGAACUGGAAAAUUUACAUUGAUAAGUUUGCAGUAUUGUUGUCACUUUUUCUCGUUGCAACCAUCAAUUUUUCUCUUGGUCUGUUACCUUAUGUGGACAAUUUUUCAAAUAUUGGAGGCUUCCAAGCGGGAUUUCUUCUUGGUUUUGUGCUCCUAUUCAAUCCUCAGCUAAGACAAAUGGCUCAAAAUAAAAAAGGUCUAUUUGAAUAUGAUGUAAAAAAUUCUGUGAAGCUCAAGCACAAGCUGGACAAGCCAGCGAUCAGAUGUAUUUCAUUAGUUCUGUUUGUUCUUAUUUUCACAGGAUGUCUUGUAGCAGUUCUUCAUGGUGUCAAUGCAAACAAAUACUGCAGUUGGUGUCACUAUGUUAAUUGUGUCCCCUUCAAAGGGUGGAUCUGCAAUGAGGAAGCAAUGCAAUGCGAGGUGCUAGUAAAUGGGGGGCGAUUAACACUAACCUGCGAAAGCAAUGGCAACUUCCACAUUUACCCUUUCACUAACAUCUCGCAAGCAAGGAUUGAAGACUUGUGCAGUCUGAUAUGUUCCUAGGCUUGUACACUUGAUGGUGAUAUCAUUUGGAUACAGGAAGUAAUACAGGCUGAAAUUCAUACAUCUAUUGACAACUCAAAAGCAAGUAUGAGGACUUGUGCAAUUUGAUAUUGUCCUUUGAUUGUAUGCUUGGUGAAGCAUUGUUUUUGAUAAAGCAAACUGUUUAGAUUGAACACGUUUACACACAUCCUGCAAGCAGGAAUUAGGGUUUUUUUUUUUUUG